UGUUGGCAUUUUUUCUUUGCCCUCUCCCGCGUGUAGAUUUAGGUUGUCCUGCUUUCCUCCUUCCUUGUUCUUCUUCCCCAACCCUUCUCUACCCUUUACCCUCUGUUCCCAGACUUGUUUUGUAAAUAAGCUGCCAUGGGAGGAGGCAACGGGCAGAAGUCCAGGAUGGCUCGAGAGAAGCACCUGGAUAAAAUGAAAGCCCCCAAAGGGAGCCAGCUGGAAUCGAACAAGAAGGCGAUGACUAUCCAGUGCAAGGUGUGCAUGCAAACCUUUAUCUGCACCACGUCUGAGGUGAAGUGCAAGGAACAUGCAGAAGCGAAGCAUCCCAAGUCUGAUCUUUAUACGUGCUUUCCCCAUCUGAAGAAAUGAUAACAUUUUGUAAGAACUGGGAAAAAAGAGCUUGUUGAAAUGAGGAGGCAGUGAUGCUUCCAAGCUCGUUAAAUUAUUGAAUGUCUGAAUUAGAUUCCCAAGGGAUCCAUCUAGACUUCAGGACUGUUUGUGGAAUAUAUAUGAUAUAUACAUGUGAAUGGUCUGUCUUUUAAUUCUUGUUUUAAUUGGUAUUUGGUACUGACCUUUUUCUUAUUCCCCCUUAAGUCUGCAUUUGGCAUUCCUUAUUUUAAGGACUUAUCUCCAUUGCUCCUAUAAAGAAUGGUUGAUCCAGCUUAAGCUAGGCUUAUGAAUCGCCAGUCCUUCUCAACGCAACAGAACGUGGCCGGUCGGACCACUAUACGCAAGUUGUUGGUAAAACACCAUUUUGAAGCUUCGGUUGAGAAUAAUGGAAUGUUGCAGCUGCCCAGGCCCAGCUGCUAAGAGGUUUAGGUGGUUUUGAUUUUUGAAUGCAACCUUGUAAAACUGGAUAUGCAUAUGAAUAUGACACUGAGAAGGGAUGGGGGAGAGCCCCUAAAACUUGCCGGACGAUUAUUAUUUAUUGAGGGGAUGACUUUGUGAGAAAUGGUUGUAGAGACCAGAGAGAGAACCUCUUGUAUCGGAUAAAGCCAGCAUGGUGUUUAUGGACGAUUAUUGUUUAUUGAUUAUACUUGCUGAGAAAUCGGCUUUGGUGCUGGUCA